AUGACAACAACCCCCGCGGCCGCGGGGCCACGCGACGACCGUGAAAACGGUCCAGCAACGUCGCCGCGAUCUCAAGACGAUGUCAUAACGCCGGUCCGCGAGUCGCACGGCCACACCGAUGACCGUGUGGAUUGGAGUUCUUCUGACAAGCGAGAGGCUCGUGAAGUGUCGUCCGCUGGGGAUACGAGCUCGGAAGGACGCAGCGGCCGGUGGCGGGGUUACUUCCGCAGAGAUGGCAAGUUGAGGCCGUUCCGGCUGCUGAAGGAGGAUUUUGGAAAUUUCAGGCUGCGGUAUUACUCCGACUGGACUGUCUUUAACCAGCUCGUGCUAGCGAGUGCGAUAUAUGUCUUCUUCACCAACAUCUUGCCCGGUAUCACGUUUGCCAGCGACUUGUUUUCGGCUCAGCCGUUGACGAUCCUCGGUGUGACUGGGCCAUUUUCAGUACUAGCAGAGAACAUAUACAGUCUAUGCGAGAACUCAUUCAAGAUCCCCUUCCUGCCCUUUAUGGCAUGGUCGCUCAUCCAUUCCGGCUGGAUGCAUUACCUCCUGGCCAUCUUCAACGCCCACGACUACACCAUGCAAUACGUUACAGAUUUCAGCGCCGACAUCUUUUCCCUCCUCAACAGCGUCAUUUACUUCCACAAGGCGGUCCUCGAGCUCCAGCGCACAAAGGCCAUCGUCUCACUCGCCGCCUUCCUGUACUCCAUCAUCGGCGCUGCGGGAACCUGCCUGCUUGCCAUCUUCCUGUCCACGGCGGUCUCGUGGAAGCCGUUGUUCCACAGAUACGUCCGCAUGGGCCUGACCGAGUACGCCGCCGCCAUCUCCAUCAUCUUUUUUAUCGGCAUGCCGUACGUUGGUGACCUGGCCCACCUCGACCACAACCGGCUCGAGGUCUCCAAGACGUUCAGGCCCUCGUCGCCAAGCCGGGAAUACUUCUUUGUCGAGUUCUGGAAGCUCCCCAUUGGAUGGAUAUUCAUCGCCAUCAUCCCGGGCCUCAUCAUCACCGUCCUCUUUUACUUUGACCACGAGAUCAGCAGCAUCAUCUGCACAGCCAAGAGGUACGGAGUCCAGAAGCCAGGUGGUUAUGCGUGGGAUGUCAUGCUUCUCGGCACGACAACGAUCAUUUGUGGAAUCCUGGGCAUUCCACCGGCCAAUGGGCUGCUACCGCAAGCACCACUCCACUCCGAGUCUCUAAUGUACACGGUCUACGAGGAUGAGCCGCCCAUCGACUCUGGGCCUGGCGACGAUCCUCCCGCGAAGCCCGUUCUGCGGGUGCACGAACAGCGGUACUCGCCGUUGAUCCAGGCGGCGGGGAUCCUGCUGUUCAUCUCGCCUCCGUUUCAACACGUUCUGGGCUUCACGCCGACGUCGGUCCUUGCAGGCUUGUUCAUGUUUAUGGGCUACCAGUCACUAUGCGUGAACCCGAUCCUGGCCAGGGUCUGGCACCUCCUCACCCCGAUUUCAGAGCUCCCUGCUCUACCCCAAGGCGCAAGCUGGAUCGGGAUCCAUUUCUACACCGUUACGCAGUUGGUCCUGACGGGCAUCGUGUUUGGCGUAACGUUAACCGUUGCCGCACCUGGAUUUCCGAUUAUUAUCAUCAUCCUGGUCCCGGUGCGAUUGUUCUUCAUGAACAGGAUCUGGAGCCGCCAGACGCUACGGUACGUCGAUGGGUGGGCCACCAGAGAAGGCAAGCCGGAGGACAACGAGGAUGAUCGCCGCCGGGAGGGUGUUGUGACUUCAGUCGAUGCCACCAGACGGGUCGCCGAUGAGGAGAAAGGCACCAAGACAGCAUAA